GACUGAACGUGACGAGGCCUCGACACAGGUCGUCCAGCACUACUUCACUGGAAUAAAAGAUAAUUUGUUCAAUCUUCGUAAAAAAACAAACCAAAACAAACAAAUAAAACGUUAAAAGCGUCUCGGCCUAUCUCAGUUUAGUUUAGAUUAGCCGCUACCGAGGAGACGCUUUUAGCGCAAUCAACACAUCGCUCAGUAGAGAUAAAGUGUGAAAAUGUGUGCAAGAAGGACAACAGAGUACGAGGAGGAAUUUAGUCGGGGGCCAAAAGGGCGACAAAGUCAAUUACUGGACGCCGUUUUCAAGAAGCCUCGAGUUGGGUUGCACACAGCAGACAUAAGUGAUGUUCAUCCUGAGCCGCAGGAGCCAGAGCCCCCUCCCAUUAAAGAGGAAGUGGAGGAUGAAGGGUUCUCCCACAUCAAAGAGGAGGAGGAGACGCAGCCCAUUCACAUUAAAAAAGAGGAGGAGGAGCCAGAGCUCCCCUACAUCAAAGAGAAGGAGGAGGAUAUUACCAAGUUGCCAUCGACUGGUGUUCCUUUUAAGAGAGAAGAUGAAGACGAAGGUCAAAGUGAUGAGAGCAGACGGGCGGAACCUCCAAAUAGCAGCUCAAGUCAAAACAUGAGAACAAAAGGUGAUGGAGACUACCGUGGAUCAUCCCAAGCAGACGAUCUCAUAGCUCCACUAUCAGAUAGUGAUGACACAACGUCACAUUCUCUUCAUGCUGAUGGUGAGCUGUCUGAGGGUCAGACUGACAAUAAACAUUGGAAAUGUUUUCAGUGUGGGAAAACGUUUGGCUUCAAGUCUCUUUUGAAAAGACAUCUGAUGAGCCACUCUGGAGAGAAGCCUUAUGCCUGCUCAAAUUGUGGAAAAGGAUUCACUCAGAAGGGAGACUUAAAAAUACACACAAGAAAACACACUGGUGAGAAACCUUUUGCCUGCUCAGUUUGCGGUAAAACCUUCUCUCAAAAGGGACAUUUGACAACACACGCAAGAACACACACUGGCGAAAAACCUUUUUCCUGCUCAGAUUGUGGUAAAAGAUACACUGACAAGGGAUACUUAAAAACACAUGCAAGAAAACACACUGGUGAGAAACCUUUUGUCUGCUCAGUUUGUGGUCAACGAUUCUCUCAAAGAAGUCAUUUGACAACACACACAAGAACCCACACUGGGGAGAGACCUUUUGCCUGCUCAGAUUGCGGGCAAAGAUUCUCUAAAAAGGGAAAAUUAAAAACUCACUCAAGGACACACUGGUGAGAAAACAUUUUCCUGCUCAGUUUGUGGUCAAAGAUUCAUUGAAAAGGGAAGCGUAAACAAACACACAAGAUUCCACACUGGUGAGA